AUGGCGAUGAUGAAGAACACUCUAGCAGUCUUCAGGAAGUCUCAGGCCGUGGUUCUCAGCUUAAGCGUGCAUCUGAGACACCUGGAGAGCCUGUUGAACCAGAAGGCUGGGUCCCCUCCCCAGACUUUCCACUUUGUACUGAUGAAUGUCGUCACUGGGUCGAGGACGAAGACCUGCGCUGUCAGUUCCUGGGGGCCCGGCCUCAGGGACGAGCUCCCCACCCCCUCUGGCAGGCGCCCCACACAGGUUUGCUAUUCACUUGACCCGGAAAACUCGACAAAAUGCAAAUUAAGAGGUGCAAAUCUCCGUGUUCACUUUAAGAACACACAUGAAGCUACCCAGGCCAUCAAGGGUGUGCAUAUCCGAAAAGCCACCCAAUACCUGAAAGACGUCACUUCGCAGAAGCAAUACGUGCCAUUCUGUUGCUACAGUGGUGGAGUUGGUAGGUGUGCCCAAGCCAAACAGUGGGGCUGGACACAAGGUCGGUGGCCCAAAAAGACUGCUGAAUUUCUACUGCACCUGCUUAAAAAUGCAGAGAGUAAAGCUGAAUGUAAGGGUUUAGAUGCAGAGUCUCUGGUCAUUGAGCACAUCCAGGUGAACAAAGUCCCCAAGAUGAGGCAGAGAACUUGUAGGGCUCAUGGGUGGAUUAAUCCGCCAUACAUGAGCUCUCCCUGCCACAUUGAGAUGAUCCUUACAGAAAAAGAGCAGAGUGGUCCUAAACCAGAAGAGGAAGUUGCACAGAAGAAAAAGAUAUCCCAGAAGAAACAGAAGGGG